AUGGCUUCGGGCGCACGGUCCCCGCCCUCGGAGGAGACGCCGGACGGGCGUCGGAUCGCUUUGGCCACUAGGCUCCGUCUCCCGCCGCCUCGGAGAAGGUUCCCCGCGCCGUCCAGGGGGGAGCCCGGGGGGCGGGCUGCGCGGACCCCGCGAGCGGCAGGCCCCGCCGCCGCCCCUACCCCGCCGCCACCCCCGCGCCCGCUGCGGCUGAGCGACUCGGUGGGCCCCCUGAACGAGCGCCGGCUGGUCGCCCACCUCCGCCUGGCCCUGGGCCGCGAGGCGCGCCUGUGGCGGGGCGGCCACCCCCAGGUGGAGCUCAGCGGCGCUUUGCAGGAGGUCGUGCUGCAGCUGCGGCGGCUGGGGAACCUCUUCCUCUUCUCCCACAGCACUUUCAACCUGGCUCUCACCACCUGCUGCCGCCUCCUGGCCUCAGGCACGGUGAGAGAGAGCUUACUCCACAUUGUCACCGUCACUUGCUUGAGACUUGCUGCCAAGGUCAAUGAAGAAGAGGAGUUAAUUCCACGCACCGAGGACUUCAUAAAGUACUGUGGCUCUGACUGUACCCCAAGUGAGUUGCUAAGGAUGGAGCUGGCUAUUUUGGACAAACUGCACUGGGACCUCUGUAUUGGGACGCCGCUGGACUUCUUGAACAUAUUCCACGCCCUGGUGGUCGUGGGCUGGCCCCACGUGGUGGAGCUGCUGCCUCAGAGGAAUCCUUCCCUCCACGUCGCGUCCCUGACCAAGCAGCUGCAGCACUGCAUGGCGGGCCACCAACUGCUGCAGUUCAAGGGCUCCACACUGGCCUUGGUCAUCAUCACCUUAGAGUUGGAGAGGCUCAUGCCCGACUGGUGUGCUCCUAUCUCUGAUCUGCUAAAGAAAGCACAGGUCGGCAUCGAGCAGUUUGUCCACUGCAGGAUAUUGGUAAAGCGGCAGCUGAGAAGUGUUUAGUCCUCCUCCUGCACAGACAACGUCCUCUUUCACCUGCCAGCCUGCACUCCUUCCCCAGUGCCCUUCAGAGCGUAAUGGCAACCUCUCCUCUGUUG